AUGAAGGCUUUGAAACUGUUCUGCGUGGGACUGUUGUUGUGCCCUGUGCUUUGUUUCUUGUUAGAGACACCUACUCCUCCUUCAGCUUUACUUACCUUUGAAUUGAAAGAAAAAGCAGAAUUGAAAUCAGGUGCAAAGAGUGCAUUUGCUAUUAGGAUGAAUGUUCCUGAUUUCGAAAGACAAAAGACUCAAGUCUCAGGACUCCAGAGGUCAUGGACAAGCAAGUUAAAAAAUUAUCUGUCAGAUUUCUUCAAGAGCUCCAUACCUCCAGCAGCCAUUUUUGCUUUUUUUGUCACCAUAACACUAAUGGGGAUCCUCUACUAGAAUAAAGGAUUUAAAGAGCCUCACAGACAGUGGACAAUGGACCAGAGAAGUCCUUCUAGAAUCUGA